AUGUCAGAUCCUACGGGAUACACCGUGGGCUGGAUUUGCGCCUUACGCGUGGAAUAUAUUGCCGCACAAGAGUUUCUCAAUGAAGAGUACGGCAAACCGAGCUUUGUGUCGCCAAACGAUGCCAACGACUAUACGUUAGGCAGGAUGGGUGAACAUAACGUUGUAAUCGCUGUCUUGCCCGAUGGUGAAUAUGAAACAGCUUCCGCGGCCAGUGUAGCGACGAGCAUGCUCAACAGUUUUCACAACAUCAGGAUUGGCCUCAUGGUCGGGAUUGGUGGGGGUGUACCAAGCGAGAGCCACAAUAUUCGUUUGGGCGAUGUUGUGGUCAGUGCGCCUCGCGGCGGCGAGAGUGGUGUGUUUCAAUACGCUUUUGGCAAGUCGAUUCAGGACCAAACUUUUCAGCAUACGCGGUUCUUGAACCAGCCACCAGCUAUAUUACGCGCUGCAAUGGCAGGGAUUCGAACACAAUACGAGAGAAAAAGGCAUCAACUGGAGGAGGCUAUUGACGACAUUCUUGAGAAGAACAUGAGACUACGUCGGAAGUACAAACGGCCAGAACCGUUUGAGGAUAGGCUGUUUCUUCCUGAAGUCAUCCAUCACCAAGCAGGCUCUGCUAUAUGUGCGGUUGAUCCUUCAACGUUGGUACUACGGAGUGAGCGGGCCGACGACGAAGAUAACCCUGCUAUUUACUAUGGCCUGAUUGCUUCUGGCAAUCAGUUGAUGAAGAAUGCUUUGAUUAGGGACCGGCUUGCCGCUGAAGAAGACGUUCUCUGUUUCGAAAUGGAAGCCGCUGGGCUGGUGAAUACUUUCCCAUGCCUAGUUAUCCGGGGUAUCUGUGAUUACUCGGACUCACAUAAGAACAAAGAGUGGCAAGGGUAUGCAGCUAUGGUGGCAGCUGCAUACGCGAAAGAUCUUCUGCAGAGGAUUCCUCUUAAUAGAAUUGAAGCCGAGGAGAAAAUAAGUGCUGUUGUGUCUGGUUAG